ACUGCGGCCGCGAUCCACAACAAAGGGGAGAUGAGUUGCGGCGACCACCCUUUCCCGGUUGCCGGGGGUGGGCGGUGGGAGGGGACUCUGCCUCCGGUGGCGCGGUGCAUGCCGGGACUUGUAGUCCUGGCGGCGACAUUCCCGCCGUCGGAAAGCGCGACGGAUUCCUGGCGUUGCUAGUCUCAGCUGCGGCGGCCGACGGCAACGGUCGGCCACCAGGAGCCGGAGGGAUCCCCGCAGGUGGCUCCUCCGAGAGCCCAACGCGGGAAGGGAGAACGGGUGCGACUACUGUCCCCCAGCCCCGCCGCGGGCAGCCCCCGGUACCGGGGGAUAGCGCCGGCUGCUCCCCGGCAGCCAGCGGCGUCCUGAUGCGGGCGCCCCGCGGGGAGCGCGCCCUGGAGGAGUCCCUGGAGCGGUACCAGAGGCGCCUCCGAGGUGAUGGCACUGGAUUUGACCAGUCCUCUGUGGAUGAAAGCAGUGACAAUGCAGACACGGCCAAUGAUGACUGUGAGACUGCAGCCAGCCAGGAACUGCAGCACAGUCAUGCAGUUAACCAACUUAAAAUUUUGUUGCAACACCAAGAAAGAAUGGAAAGUGAAGAGUCUCCCUCAAGAAGGAAGAAUUCAUUCCAUAAGCCCCCAGAAGCUGUGCCCGAAGACUUACCAGCCUUUUUUGAUCUUGUUCCUAUAAUCACCGAUCAGUCACAGUACAUUAAACAUUUGGAAGCAGAAGUGAAGUUUUACAAGGAGGAGUUGUGUGAGGUGAAAGAUCAAGAACAGACAGUUUUGCUUGAAAAUGAGGAACUCCAUCAGAAGCUGAAAUUCUUAACUGCAGAAUACAUGUUGAGAGAGCAAACUCUUCUUGAUGCCUCAGCAAAUACUCAGAGAUCCUGGCCAGUAGGUGGUAAAGACUGUAGCACACACCAGCCUGCCACCUCCUCACUGGCACAUAACAAAGAUCAGGCUUUUGUUGCAGCAGCUUCUGGAGACAAAGCCACAUGGCCUGUAGAACUGGAGAAUCUAAAACUUCUUUAUCAAGAAAAAGUCAAUAUCCUUGAUGCUCAAAUACAGUCUCUAAGAAAAGACCUUUCAGAAUCUGAGAAGACAUGCAAAGAUUUGGAAGGAAGGCUGAAACACCAGAAGUCACUGUUUGCAGCCAGAAGUUCUAGCCAGGUUGGUGGUCUGUGCCUGAACUGUGCCCAGCACGAGGCCAUUCUUGCACAGACUCACUGUAAUGUCCACGUGCAGACCAUCGAGAGGCUGACGAGAGAAAGAGAUGACUUGAUGGAUGCACUUGUUUCAGUGAGACAAAGCAUAAAAGAGAUGCAGCAAAGAGAAUCUAAUGCUUGCAAGCAAGUUGAACAUGCUGUGCAAAUGGCAGAAGAGGCCAAUUUUGAAAAAACAAAGGCUCUAGUCCACUGUGAGCAACUGAAAAGUGAGAUGGAACGACAGAAGAAUUAUCUUGAAAAGGAGUUGGCUGCCCAGCUAAAUAAGAGGGCUGAUGAGAAAGAAGCACUGCGGCGAGAAAUGAAGAAGGAAAGGGAAGACUUGGCAGCAAUGGUGACAGCUUUGUCUAAGGAUGUGGCUGUUUUGGAGGCUCAAAUAGAGAGAAUUACAAGGGAAAAGAAUUCUCUAGUUAACCAGUUAGAAGAAUCACAAUGCCAGCUUGCAUCUCAUGAAAUGGAGAUGAAUAAGGUGUGUGGAGAAAUGCGCUAUCAGUUGAAUCAAACCAAAAUGAAGAAGGAUGAGGCAGAAAAGGAGCUCAGAGAGUACAGAACAAAAACUAUAAGGGAGCUUGAAAUUAAGGACCAGAAAAUAGAAAAACUGGGAUUAGAGCUCAAUGGGAACAAACAGCGUUUGGAACAAGCCCAGGAGGAUGUGACAGAAGCCAGAGAGGAGUGCCUAAAACUGACAGAACUGCUGAGUAAAUCUGAGCACCAACUGCACCUCACCAGAUUGGAGAAAGAGAACAUUCAGCACAGCAUUAGCAAUGAAGCAAAGGCCCGAGCCCUUCAGGCCCAGCAAAGAGAGCAGGAGCUGACACAGAAGAUGCAGCAAAUGGAGGCCCAGCAUGAGAAAACUGUAGAAGAACUGGAUUCAUUGCUGACCUCCCAGAAUACGUUCAUAGCAAAAUUAAAGGAUGAAUGUUUUGUGUUCGCAAAAAAGUUGGAACAAAUGUCAGAAAAAUACAGAUCUGAAGUCAACCAGCUUAGUCAGGAAAAAGAAUAUCUUCAUGGCAGAUUGGAGAAGAUGCAGAAACGGAAUGAUGAAUUGGACCAACAAUGUAUCCAGCUUGGGAGAAUGCAUGAGAGAAUGAAGUCAAGGUUACAGCAGCUUGACAAGCACUGCCAGGCCACUGCCCAGCAGUUAGUGGAGUUGCUCAACAAACAGAAUCAGCUCUUCAAAGAGAAGCACCUGCUUACAGAAGAGGUGCAGUUUCUGCGAACACAGGGAAAAAAUGGGAUGCAGAUCUCAAACAGGACACAGAUGGAACGAAGUAAAAACCUGGAAGGCUAAAAUGAAAUGAGCAGAAGUCUGCUCUGCACCUGGCUGAAACUUGUCUGAGGCUCACCCAAAGACACCUCUGCAGCAAACAGGCACACUUGCUAGCUAAUUUCAGCUGGUUUCUAUUUGGUUUUAACUACAGAAUCACAAAUAUUUUGAAGCCUUACCAGCCUACCAAACUUUCUAGGACGACAGCUGAGACUUUUCUGAAAAGACCAGGCUUGCAAGCCAGUUUUAACAGCUAUUAUGUGGUGUGGAUGUCAAUAAUUUGUACAAUGUUUAUAAAAUGUUUUUAUCUAUUUUCAUAAUUGAACAUACAUGUCUAUAUUAUUUACAGACUGAAAUAUCAAUAAACCUAAUAGGUUCUCUA